AAAACAUAAUAUAACGGUGAAGUCAGAAGAAAUUGCUGAGUAACGAAAGUUCAUAGAUUGGCAAUUAGUUAUUUUUUUUUAUAUGGCAAAAUGCGAUUACUAAGCAUUUUAUGGCUCGUGCUAAUAAUUAGCCAAAUAAAUGCAUUUUCAUUGCGCCAAAAUGAGGAUCAAACUUCGACAGCCGCUCCCGCUCUUAUAUCGACGUCCACAGACAUUUCUAAAAAACUUGGCGCUGAUCAACCUUCAAGUGGGCUCCUUACAAAAUGUCGUCCAUGUACCGAUGGAAUAAAAUGUGUACCCCAGAUCCAAUGCCCCGCCCAUGUACGCAUGGAUAGCAAACAGAAACCACAAAUUUGUGAUUUACCUGCUGGAAAAUUCGGAUAUUGUUGCCAAACAGGACAAAAUCACACAGUUACAAAAAAUCAGGACAAGGCGCGUGUAGCGCAAGUGGACAUACCCUCAUUUCUCCCGCCUCAAGUGCUGGAGGAGGCUCGUCUCAAUUUUCAGAAACUGAUGCAUAAUGUGGCUCAGAUUCCAGUACAUCGGGGCUUGCCCGACUUUACGCACGGCAUUGUCUUCCACUCGACGACAAAGGAUGACAUACAUAAUUUUGCAGUCUCAAACAAUGCCCUGGAGCAGGUGAUCACCACUCAGAUAUUUGGCAAGAAGGAGCAAGUACCGGUCGACGAUUUUUUAACCAAUAAUGUUCCAAUAAAGUUCGACAAGACACCGCUGGGCCAGCAAUGCCGCCAGCCUCCGAUUUGCCGGGAUGUCAAAUCAAUUUAUCGCAGUCAUGAUGGCACGUGCAACAAUCCUUUGCCAGAGCGUUCAUUUUGGGGAGCCGCUGGCCAGCCAAUGGAACGUUUGUUGCCCCCCGCCUAUGAAGAUGGCAUUUGGAAUCCACGCGCCCACUCCAUAGAUGGUUCGCCGCUAAAGAGUGCCCGUCAGAUCUCUCGAAUCCUUUUAAACGAUGUCAAUCGACCGCAUCCAAAGUACAAUCUUCUGGUAAUGCAGUUCGGACAAUUGAUAGCUCACGAUAUAUCCCAGACAUCUUCGGUCCGUCUUGAAAAUGGGGACUUGGUUCAAUGCUGUUCACCUGGUGGCAAAGUCAAAUUAAGUCCUCAGGAAACUCAUUUUGCCUGCAUGCCUAUUCCCGUGGAGCCUGACGAUGAAUUCUAUGCAGCUUUCGGUGUUCGUUGCUUAAAUUUCGUACGUUUAUCCUUAGUACCCAAUCCCAAUUGUCAGCUAGGCUAUGGCAAACAACUUAGCAAGGUCACACAUUUCCUGGAUGCCUCGCCUGUCUAUGGGUCCAGCGAGGAGGCUGGCCGGGAAUUGCGUUCAUUCCGGGGUGGACGUUUGCGUAUGCUGGACGAUUUUGGUCAUGAUUUGUUGCCUCUGACGAACGAUAAAAAAGCUUGUAAUACCGAUGAGCCGGGCAAGUCAUGCUUUAAGGCGGGUGAUGGACGGGUCAAUCAAAUCAUUUCCCUUAUCACUCUGCACAUUAUGUUUGCCCGCGAGCACAAUCGUUUGGCCGAAGCUCUGUCCCAGGUCAAUCCUUCGGCUACUGACGAAUGGCUAUAUCAGGAGGCGCGACGCAUUGUUAUUGCCGAAUUGCAGCAUAUUACUUACAAUGAAUUUUUACCGGCUCUGAUUGGCCCACAACAGAUGAAACGAUUCCGUUUGGUGCCAUUGCAUCAGGGAUAUGCAAAUGAUUAUAAUGUCAAUGUAAAUCCAGCUAUUACAAAUGAGUUUUCAGGUGCUGCCUACCGCAUGGGUCAUUCCAGUGUCGAUGGCAAGUUUCAUAUAGAGAAGGCACAAGGCCAAAUCGAUGAAGUGAUUAAUAUUCCGGAUGUUAUGUUUAAUCCAUCCCGUAUGCGUAAACGUGAAUUCUAUGAUGAUAUGCUGCGCACUCUAUACACACAGCCCAUGCAACAGGUGGACAGUUCCAUAACCCAUGGCCUUAGCCGAUUUCUGUUUCGGGGCGAUAAUCCAUUCGGCUUAGAUCUGGCAGCUAUUAACAUACAACGUGGUCGUGAUCAAGGCUUACGCUGCUAUAACGAUUACCUAGAAGUUAUGGGUUCUGCCAAAUUGCAUAGUUUCGAUCAAUUUCCAAGCGAGAUUGGCAAGAAGUUGGCUCACGUCUAUAGCAGACCAGAGGAUAUUGAUUUGUGGAUCGGUGGCUUACUGGAACAGGCUGUACCAGAUGGCAUUGUGGGCAUUACCUUUGCAGAGAUAAUAGCUGAUCAGUUUGCACGCUUCAAGCAGGGUGAUCGUUAUUUCUAUGAGUACGAUGGCAAGACUAAUCCGGGAGCAUUUAGCUCUGCUCAAUUGCAGGAGAUACGUAAGACAACAUUAGCCCGUUUGAUUUGUGAUAAUGCGGAUGGUCUAACCUUGCGUACAGUGCCGAUCGCUGCCUUUGUUCGUCCCGACUUUGGCGGAAAUCAACUGAUUGGCUGUGAUAAUCCAAGCUUACCGGCUAUCAAUUUGAAUGCCUGGCGCAUUUAAUUAUCGUUUUAUUGAAUAUUUUAAUUUGUAUUUGUAAAAAAAGAAACAAUAUAAAAAAAGUGUUGUGUAUAUCCCCUCAGUA